AUGGAGAAUUUCCCUUCAUUAGUUUACAGAAACCCCAAGAGAAGGUCCAGGCGAUCCAGUAGGUACCUUGGAGUCCGAAGAAGGCCAUGGGGAAGGUAUGCGGCCGAGAUUCGGAAUCCGCAUACCAAAGAGAGACACUGGUUAUGCACAUUCGACACUGCUGAAGAAGCUGCCAUAGCUUAUGAUCUUUCCUCCAUUUCUUUCAGUGGCAUUGAAAGAGCUCGCACCAAUUUUUAUUACCCUUUCCUGGUUCUUCCUUCUCCUCCACCCUCAACGCCCCCUCCACCGCCCCCAAAGCCGGAACUAGAAGGGGAUGACGAUGACCCGGAGAUGAAUUAUGUCAAUGAAGAUGAUGAAUCUGUUGUUAUUGCUUCCAUUUUGCAGAGCUUUGCUCGCUCUGCUAGCUGUUCUUUCUAUCCUUGA